CGGUUGGGCGGCGAGUGGUAGCUGCCGGCGCAGGCGAAUAAGGGCCGCAGAGUCUCUCCUGCAGCGGCUGUGAGCAACGGUGUGCAAACCGGGAGAAUCGGAUAUUGGGUCAAACUGCUGAAAAAUGGCAUCGGAUCCUGGUUACGGUCAGCCGGUUGCACAGCAACAAAGCUAUCCAUCUUACGGAGCGCCACCAUCCCAAGGCUACCAGACCACCCAGAGUUAUGGCCAGGGUAGCGAUGGAUCGGCUUCAUAUGGCCAAAGCUAUGGGGGUUAUGGAUCAACCUACGGACAGUCGCAGCCUGCUGGAAGUUAUGGGCAGGCUACGCCGAGCUACUCUUCGGGUGCUUAUGGACAGCAGCCAGCAGGUGACAGCUCAGAGACAUCUGGAGGGUAUGGAGGAAAGUCUUCGUAUGGACAUCAGCAGGGUGGCUAUGGGCGGAGGAAUCCUGAAGAUGAUGGGGGCCAGUCCGAAGGGUACAGAGGCAGAGGUGGAUAUGACAGGGAAGGAAGAGGACCCUUCUCUGGGAUGGGAGGUGGUGACCGUGGUGGCUUCAAAAAUUUCGGUGGCCCCAAAGAUUAUGGCCAGAAAGAAGCAGGUGGUGAACAGGACAACUCGGACAACAACACCAUCUUUGUCCAGGGGCUGGCUGAAGACACUUCCACGGACGAGGUGGCGAACUUCUUCAAACAGAUUGGCAUAAUUAAGGUGAACAAGAAGACUGGCCAGCCUAUGAUUAAUUUAUACACUGACAAAGCAACGGGAAAGUUGAAAGGAGAAGCCACAGUCUCCUUUGAUGAUCCCCCUUCUGCAAAAGCAGCCAUUGACUGGUUUGAUGGGAAGGACUUCAAUGGCCGGACCAUCAAGGUGUCCUUCGCCACGAGGCGGCCUGAGUUCCUGCAGCGGGGAAGCAGAGGACGAGGCUCCAGGGGCUAUGGAGGCCGGGGGGGUUACGGCGGAGGUCCCGGUGCAGACAUGAAGGGGGGAGACUGGCUGUGCCCCAACCCCUCCUGUGGCAACAUGAACUUCGCCAGGAGGAUGGAGUGUAAUCAGUGUGGCACGCCGAAGCCAGGGGAUGCUUCUGGAGAUCGUGGCGGCGGGAGAGGUGGGUUCAGAGGUCGCGGUGGAUUCCGUGGGGGAGACCGUGGAGGAGAUCGGGGGGGCUACGGGUGGAAAAUGGGUGGAAGAGGUGAGCAGAGAGGAGACAGACGAGAGCGACCCUACUGAAGGUGGCUGGGAAUCGAAGCUGUGGUGCGGGGAAGGAUUUGCAUUCCCAGUGUGGAUGUUCACAAAUGGGCCAUGUGUUGCUUGCAUCUAAGCCGUCUCGUAGCACAGACUUUGUGCAACUACUGUGAAAGACAUUUUGGGGGGGUCAGUAAACUGUAUGUGAUAAUUCUCGCAGGUUAAGGGGUGCAGGGCGAGGCAGAGCUGUAAAAUACUGUAUUGCCAAACUACAUAUCGUUUUGUAUUUCUGAAUAAAGCGUUUUACUUCAGAUUGUUUGCAGCUGAUAUUAAACUGAAAAUCAUUCUGCUCUUUCA